AUGAACCAAUAUAUUCAGAUUAUUUUCAAAAAAUGUGAACAAUUAAUCCGUUUCCGAAUGUUAUCAUCGUCAUCAAUUGUAUAUUCAUCAUCGUCAGUUCCUCCACAUAUUCCAAUUAUGAAAUCAGAAAUUGUAAAAUAUACCCAACCGAAACCAGGUCAAGUUUAUUUAGAUAUGACUUUUGGCACAGGAGGUCAUGCAAAUGAAAUAUUGAAAUAUGCUGCCGAUAAUUUAACUUGUUACUUUCUAGACCGUGAUCCAACAAGUUUCUCAUUUAUGGAAUCACUUCGUACAAAUUAUAGCUCAUCCAAUCAUAAAAUACAUCCACUUAUUGGACGAUUUAGUGAUCUUCCUCAAUUAUUAAGUGGCUAUGAUCUGAAAUAUCAAUCAGUUGAUUUAAUUCUUAUGGAUUUGGGUGUAAGUUCACCACAAUUAGACAAUGAAUCUCGUGGAUUUGGUUUUAAACAUAAUGCUCCGUUAGAUAUGCGUAUGAAUCAAAGUCGAAAUGUACAAAAAGAUACACCAACUGCAGCUGAUGUUAUUAAUACAUUGAAUGCUGACGAACUGUCGAAUAUAUUCAGCAUUUAUGGUGAAGAACGUUUUUCCAGGCGUAUCGCAAACGCUAUUGUUGAUUAUAGAAAUGAUGCUGGUUCAAUUCAAACAACAAAACAGUUAGCUGAUUUAAUUCAUUCUGUUGUACCAGUGAAUAGAGAAGAUAGGGGCUCAAUUCAUCCAGCUACACGUAUAUUCCAAGCAUUACGUAUUUUCAUUAAUGACGAACUAAACGAAUUAUGCAUCGGUCUAGAAUUAGCUGAAUUUUUAUUAAAACCCGGUGGUUAUUUAGUUGUUCUAUCAUUUCAUUCAUUAGAAGAUCGUUUAAUCAAAUGGGCAUUCCAUUAUGAUUGUAAACAUCUAUCUUUAUCAAAAUAUUUAUCACAACGAAGUCUGAAUUUUCAGUGUACUAAUAAAAGAAAAGAAUAUGAAAAUGAUGAAAUAUCAGACGGAUCUCUGGGACAGAUGAAAUCGAAAUGGAAUUGUGUUAUUGGACCUAUAACUCCUUCCGAUUCGGAGAUAGAUUCUAAUCCAAGAAGUCGUUCAGCCAAAUUACGUAUAGCGAAAAGAGCAUAA